UCGACAUGCCUGAGCCAGCGAAGUCUGCGCCCGCGCCCAAGAAGGGCUCCAAGAAGGCGGUGACCAAGACGCAGAAGAAGGGUGACAAGAAGCGCAAGAAGAGCCGCAAGGAGAGCUACUCCAUCUACGUGUACAAGGUGCUGAAGCAGGUGCACCCGGACACGGGCAUCUCGUCCAAGGCCAGCGGCAUCAUGAACUCCUUCGUGAACGAAAUCUUCGAGCGCAUCGCCGGCGAGGCGUCGCGCCUGGCGCACUACAACAAGCGCUCCACCAUCACGUCGCGGGAGAUCCAGACGGCCGUGCGGCUGCUGCUGCCCGGCGAGCUGGCCAAGCACGCCGUCUCCGAGGGCACCAAGGCUGUCACCAAGUACACCAGCUCCAAGUAGAGCGUCCUGGACCGCCUAUUUUGACCCAAAGGCUCUUUUAAGAGCCACCUAUUUUUUCAAGUAGAAGGGCUGAUUUU